AUGGAUUUUAGACUUGUUCUAGAUGAUUGUGCUUUAUCUGAUAUGGGUUACCAUUGCUCAAAAUACACUUGGUGUAAUGGGCGAGUGUCUCAGAAUAGAAUUAGUGAAAGAAUUGAUAGAUUCUUAGCAAAUGACAGUUGGUCAAAUAUGUUCCCCACAUCAGUUGUUAAGCGUGGACUGGCUACCCAUUCUGAUCAUAUUCCAGUUAUUUUGCAUGUUUGUGCAGGGGCAGAUGAUAUGCAUGGGAUUAUGGAAAAGAUCUCUAGAUGCAGUGAAAAGUUGAAAGUGUGGAACAUAAGUAGUUUUGAAAAAGUUCAUGUGAAUAUAAAGAAGGCUAGGCUCAAACUACAACAGAUUCAUAAUGAAGAUCCUCAUAAUCAAAAUGUGAAUUUGCAGAAGGAGGGUAGAGUGGAGUUGCAGCAGUGGUUAGAGAAGGAAGAGAUCAUGUGGAGACAGAGAUCAAAAGCCUUAUGGCUCAAGGAGGGGGAUCUCAAUGCCAAAUAUUUUCAUAGGAAAGCUUCCCAAAGAAAAAAGAAAAACUUCAUUAUUGGAGUACAAGAUAGAGAAGGAAAUUGGCAUAUUAAGGAGGGAAGGGACUACAUUAUUGUGGAGUACUUCAAAGAUUUGUUUACUACUCCUAAUAAGUGA